AAAAUUAACCUAUUAUCCCCCAAAAAACAAUUUAAAAUCAUAUUCCUUUUUUUUUUCUUGAAUAUUUGAGACAAAAUAUAACCACCCCAAAUCUUAGCUUUGACAUAAUUUUUUCUUAUACCCUUAAUUACAAUCAUUUACCUAACUAAUCAUCGAAAAAUAAAAAUAAAAAAUUAACAACCCCCACCUCACCCUUUUCUUUCUUUGACAUUUUCCUCUUUCUUUUUUCUCUCUAAAAUUCAUUUCCUUUUUUUUUCUUUUUUUCUUUUUUUCCUCUCUAAUGGUUUAUUUUCCUCUUUUAUUUCUCUUUCACUAGGUUAUUAAUUGAUGAUUUUGGUGAUUUGAAAUGAAUUUUGGUGAAAAUUAAUACAAAGGAAUUGCUAUAAUGGGUUAUUUGAAUUCGGUAUUGUCAUCUUCUUCUAAUCAAAUUCAUGCUGAUGAUGCCCCUGUUAGUGGUGGUGGAUUAAGUCAGAACGGGAAGUUUAGCUAUGGAUAUGCUAGCUCCCCGGGGAAAAGGUCCUCCAUGGAGGAUUUCUACGAGACAAGAAUUGAUGGCGUUGAUGGAGAGGUUGUUGGUCUCUUUGGAGUUUUUGAUGGUCAUGGAGGUGCUAGGGCUGCAGAAUAUGUGAAGCACAACCUUUUCAGCAACCUGAUAAGGCAUCCGAAAUUUAUCUCUGACACCAAAUCAGCCAUAGCUGAUGCAUACAGCCAUACAGACUCUGAGUUUCUGAAAUCAGAAAACAAUCAGCACAAAGAUGCUGGAUCGACUGCUUCCACUGCCAUACUUGUUGGCGAUCGUCUACUGGUUGCAAAUGUUGGCGAUUCUAGAGCCGUUAUCUGCAGGGGUGGCACAGCUAUUGCUGUUUCUCGAGACCACAAGCCCGACCAAACAGAUGAGCGACAACGCAUUGAAGAUGCCGGAGGUUUUGUGAUGUGGGCAGGUACCUGGAGAGUGGGAGGUGUACUUGCUGUUUCUCGUGCUUUUGGCGACAGACUCUUAAAGCAGUACGUUGUUGCUGAUCCUGAAAUACAGGAGGAGAAGGUUGAUGGCUCUCUUGAAUUUCUUAUCCUUGCAAGUGAUGGACUCUGGGAUGUUGUAACGAAUGACGAAGCUGUCUCCAUGGUUAAGCCGAUCCAGGAUCCCGAGGAAGCAGCAAAGAGGCUGAUGCAAGAAGCAUAUCAAAGAGGCAGUGCAGACAACAUCACCAUCGUGGUUGUCCGUUUUCUGGGUAACCAAGAAGGUUCAUCACGUGGAGUCUCGGCUUAAGAAGUAAUUCAAUUGCCACCACUUCUAACUCGUGGUAGUUAGAAGACAAGAAAACCCCAUAGGAUGUUACGUAAAUAUUGAAUAUAGAUAGACUUAUGGGAUUAUAUGAUGUAAGGAAUGUUUAGAAUUGAACAUUGUCAAACCUUUUCUCUAACUUGUAAGAAAUGUUCCAAGAGUGAAUCUGGUAGAGUCAAUCCAAAUAUUUGUUGGUGUUCUGUGUUCAA